AUGGAGGAGGUGACAAUACCAAGCAGCUUCAGGCCUCCAGCACACACUAUAGUUACCAAACCACAGGAACAACCGAAGGCUGUACAGAAUGUGUCUGCAGAGGAACUGGUGAAGGAUGUGCCUCCAGACAAGCUAGCUGUUCAACUGACCGCAGUUGCUAUCGAGGGCCUGAUGGACGAGGAGCUGUCAGAUAGCGGAGGGGAGGGCAUGUACCGGGAGCGAGAUGAGUUCGUGGUUAGGAACGAGGACAUUGAAAGGAUAGCGAUCACAUUGAAAGCAGGGGUCGAACCACCAGCCAUCUGGAAGGUUCAGAAAGCCCUGCUGCAGAAGUUUGUACCCGAGCUCAGGGACGGGAAACGAGUGUUUUUUGCCACCAACAGUUAUCUGGGGUACUUUGGCGAUGCUAAGUCCAUGUACAGGAGAGUACAUGUCAAAUUUCUUGACACUGUCAACAAGCGGGAGUAUGUUCGAGUUUGCAGUAGGAAACCACGAUGCAAGCCCAUGCAUUCAAUGAGAGGCUCUCAGGCUAAAGCUCUUCUGGCCCAACGAUUCACUGCAGUGACUGUUUCAGACUCUCCUACGCAGAAAACAACACAACAGAAAGCUCUGUCUAAACCCAGACCCAAGCAGUCGAAAGCCAAGGCUGAACCGCCACCCAAAAAGAGAAAGAAAUGGAAAGAGGAGUUCACAACAUCUCCCUCCGACUCCUCACCAGAGGCUGUGAGUGAGGAUGACGAGUUUACGCCUCCGGUUCCGUUCGCUUCCCGUUUCCUGAACACCAGAACAAUGAAGGAGACCUUUAAGAGCUUUGUCGAGCUGCUGAUCAGCGUAGCCCUGGACGCGGACGUCAUGAACGCGCUUGAGCGAGAGAACGACGAGCUGCUGCUGCCUCAUAUGAAGAGGGUGGAUGGAAUGAUCACAGACAACAGGCGGAGACUGCUGCCCAAACUGCGCAUGGGUCAGAUCUUCAAAAAUGCAUUAGACAGCUUUCCUGAGCUGUCUGUGGUCACCGAGCUGAAAACAGACUGCGAGACCCCUGUUUUUAAAGUUAGGUUAAGUGGGAGGGCUUACAACAGGAAAACCAUGAAGCCCUCAAAAUCCCCCAGCAAACUUCCCCUGGAAUACACAGUGGAUCAGCAGAAAACAAAGUGGUUUUCUCUAUACCACUCUCUACAACACUAUAAGUACCACACAUACCUGAUGUGUAUGGAGGAGAUUCAGUUGUUGAAGUCGCGAGGUAAAGACCUGGGGCAGGAGGAGACGGUCCAGACUUGCAUGGGCAACAGGACCUGGGUAGAGGGCCUGUUCGAUCGCUUCGGGGAGCUUCUGACACAGGUGCAGCAGGCCUGCCUUUAAACAGAAGCCUAGAUUAUGCUGAUAGACAAGCUUAUACUGGAACGAGCAUUCAUAAACCUGAUGAAAUGCUUUAAAGCACCAUUGAGGACAGACAUCAAUACAAAAGGAAAUAAAUAGACCAAACAGCUGCCUUUUUCUGACAUCCACAGAGACAAUGGACUUAGACUGUGGUUUUACAUGUAAAAAUGCUUUGGUAAAAAUAGCUGUAGUUGAGUAUUUUCUGUACUGAAUCAAUGUCGGCAUCCUUUCUUCUUAUCUAUAAGGACCAGAAUUGAUGAUCUGUUAUUACGAUACAGAGAAGUUUUAAACCACCUUUGGUUUAAAAGAAUAAUAUCAGUCUGUAAUUAUGGUUUGGAGGGCUAGGUGAUUAUAAAAAGGAAAUUAUACAUAGAUAUAUAUGUAAAACAUCCAUUUUUACAACUGAAUGCCAAAUUUAUAUAUGAUAAUGUACAUUUUGUAUAGAGAGCUUGUUUGUCAAAGGAUUCUCAUGACAUAAUAUAGAACACUUACCCAAUGUGCUUUUGAAACUCUGUUAUAACAGAGUUGGUGCAAUUCUAAUAAUGCUUUUGUGAUAUAUUUUGUUGUAAUAAAAAGCAUUUACAUAAACUAUUUUUUCUGAGGUAAAAAUCUCUUUAUACUCUUUUUUUUUUUUUUUUUUUUUUCCCUCAAAACAAAACAUUUUAUCUCACAGAUAGAUGUAUUUUUCACAGAAGGAAAUAUUGUGGUCAUUUGUCGUACAUUUGUAGAUGGCUUAUACGUUUAUGUCAUAUGCACAUUGUAUAAAACAUUUAGAAAGUUCCUUUAUUUGGUGAUUUUGCCGGUUUUCCACCGUUUUAAGCAAAUUACUGUGCCGACAGCAUUGGAUUAGUUUUUUGCUUUUCAGGUGUAGCUGUGCUAAACACUACAAUGUUUUUGCUGACAUGUGAAAAUAAAUUUCCUAUUAAAUGAGAA